AUGAGUAGUUCUUUCAAACGUUUUGUCGAAGUUGGUCGAGUAGUUUUCAUUAACUACGGUGAAGAUGCGGGCAAGCUCGCUGUUAUCGUUGACAUAAUCGAUCAUAAUAGGGCCCUUAUCGAUGGUCCAACCACCGGUGUUGCCCGUCAUUCUCAUGCAUUCCGUCGUCUAACCCUUACUGAUCUUGUAAUUAAAGGCUUUCCUAGAGGCGGUCGUUCAUCUAUAGUAAGGAAGUAUUUCGAAAAAGAAGAGAUCUUAGAGAAGUGGAACCAGACAGCAUGGGCAAAGAAAUUGGAGAAUCGUAAGAAAAAAGCCGCCUUGACAGACUUUGAUAGAUUUAAAUUAUUGAAGUUAAAGAAACAGCGUCGUCGCGUUGUCCAA